CUCUGGUGGCUGCCUAAAACCUGGCGCCGGGCUAAAACAAACGCGAGGCAGCCCCCGAGCCUCCACUCAAGCCAAUUAAGGCGGACUCGGGCCACUCCGUUACGUGUACAUCCAACAAGAUCGGCGUUAAGCCGCCGCCGAAUCAUGUCGAUGAGUCCAAAGCACACGACUCCGUUCUCAGUGUCUGACAUCUUGAGUCCCCUGGAGGAAAGCUACAAGAAAGUGGGCAUGGAGGGCGGCGGCCUCGGGGCUCCGCUGGCGGCGUACAGGCAAGGCCAGGCGGCACCGCCGGCCGCGGCCAUGCAGCAGCACGCCGUGGGGCACCACGGCGCCGUCACCGCCGCCUACCACAUGACGGCGGCGGGGGUGCCCCAGCUCUCGCAUUCCGCCGUGGGGGGCUACUGCAACGGCAACCUGGGCAACAUGAGCGAGCUGCCGCCGUACCAGGACACCAUGCGGAACAGCGCCUCCGGCCCCGGAUGGUACGGCGCCAACCCAGACCCGCGCUUCCCCGCCAUCUCCCGCUUCAUGGGCCCGGCGAGCGGCAUGAACAUGAGCGGCAUGGGAGGCCUGGGCUCGCUGGGGGACGUGAGCAAGAACAUGGCCCCGCUGCCAAGCGCGCCGCGCCGGAAGCGCCGGGUGCUCUUCUCCCAGGCACAGGUGUACGAGCUGGAGCGACGCUUCAAGCAGCAGAAGUACCUGUCGGCGCCGGAGCGCGAGCACCUGGCCAGCAUGAUCCACCUGACGCCCACGCAGGUCAAGAUCUGGUUCCAGAAUCACCGCUACAAGAUGAAGCGCCAGGCCAAGGACAAGGCGGCGCAGCAGCAACUACAGCAGGACAGCGGCGGCGGCGGAGGCGGAGGCGGCGCCGCGUGUCCCCAGCAGCAGCAGCAGGCUCAGCAACAGUCGCCGCGCCGAGUGGCCGUGCCGGUCCUGGUGAAAGACGGCAAACCGUGCCAGGCAGGUGCCCCCGCGCCGGGCGCCGCCAGCCUCCAAGGCCACGCGCAGCAGCAGGCGCAGCAGCAGGCGCAGGCCGCGCAAGCGGCAGCCGCGGCGAUUUCGGUGGGCAGCGGGGGCGCCGGCUUGGGCGCACACCCGGGCCACCAGCCCGGCAGCGCGGGCCAGUCUCCGGACCUGGCGCACCACGCCGCCAGUCCCGCGGCGCUGCAGGGCCAGGUCUCCAGCCUGUCCCACCUGAACUCCUCGGGUUCGGACUACAGCACCAUGUCCUGCUCCACCUUGCUAUACGGUCGGACCUGGUGA